GCUAACCCUUCAAGAAGAAGAAGAAGAAGAAAAAACUAGAGGGCUUCAACACUGAACCUAUCGGGAAAAAAAGAGGGCUUUCAUUUUCUGCUUCCGGAUUUCCAGAAGCCCUAAUUUCGAAUCAAACCUCACUCGCCAGUUUCAGCCUCCUAAUUCCUGCUCGCCCCUUGUUGGCCAAUUUUCUUCAGAUUGGACUUGUUCUGCCAUGAAAAGACCGAUGCCAUGGAGUGAUGAAGAGGACAAUUCGUCAUCUAAAGACUCGUCUUUGUCACAGUCAGAUUCAGACGCUGAUGAAGAUAGUGGCGAGACGAAAGCAAGCUUUCGAGUUAAAGCUGGGGGCCGCUCCUCUAAAGAAAAAGACACUCAAGUAAAAUCUGCAAAGCGGAAGAGCACUGCUGUGGACUUCAAUGCGUUGAAACGCCAUGGCUACAAAGGUGGACCAUCAGUCUUGAAUGUGCCACCACCAAAAGAGAAUGAGAAGCAAGAUUGGUCAUGGUCCAAUGGUAAGGAGACUCGGGAAAAUCGAGAGACUGAAGAAUCGUACGAAGAAAGACAGAAAACAAGAGCUGCAUUAGAAAACGGAGAGCAGCUGCUAACUGCACAAACUCGAAAGGAGAAGAAGAAUAUUUCCUUCUCCCAGAAGGAAAAGAGGAAAAGAGAGCUUGGACAAGCAAGCAGGGGGAAAAAUUAUGUUGAGGAAGAAAAGAGAAUGUUGAGGGAAAGUGGCAUCUACUCUGGUUUUGAUACUUGACCCAUCCAUUACAACUAAAUUGUUAACUAUGCAUUACAUGUCAAAGCUUUUUGUUACAAGCUGAUAGGAACUGAAGUCCGAUGCACUGCAAAAUAUCGACACCCCCCUUAUUUGUUUCGGGAAUGCUCCAGUACAUGAAGGCUACUAUCAUCGAUGCGCAUUUAAGGUACAUAUGACAUGGGGCAUUGUCUGAUUUUGUACCAUUAACCCUGAGGGAAGAGCAUCCUGGUUGUUCUGUUGUAUGAUUUUUUCAUGGUUAUAGAUAAAACAGCUUCACUAACUCAAAGGGCUGUAUAAUGUAUAUGAUGGAGAAAGAAGCUGUUUAUCACCAAUUAUUUGCAUUUGAAUCCCUUUUUGUGGGGCUGGUUAGGAUUUUAAUGGUUGAAGAUGAUUGCUAGAAA